CCACCAACCAGCCAACAACAACAACGAACACAGCACCACCAUCAUCAUCAUCAUGGGCAGUCGAGGAGGUGGAAGCAACGGCGGAGGCAGCGAUGAGGAGGCAAUGAUGCUGGUAGAAGUCAUCAGCCAGUUGUCCAAGUCUGGCAGUUCAGGUGAAAGGCAGGAGAAGCGCCAGCAAAUUGAGACGCAGCUCAACAAGUACAACACGCAGGUCACAGAGAUGGUGGACAAGCACCACGAGUCGUUUGCCCGGGCCCUGCAGUCGUUCAUGGUGCUCUCCUCCAGCGUGGACAAUGCAAAACACAAGGCAGCGCACAUCCGCAGCGCGCUCACUGCCUGCAAGUCGCUGCUCAACUGCCAUCGCGAACACGUGAAGCAGCUGUACCUGGACAGCCUCGAACACAAAGAAAUCAUCAAACUCUAUGACACAAUUGAGGAAAUCCAAACCGUGCCUGCCAAGGUUGAUGCAUACAUAAGCACGCGGCACUUUGUGCACGCGGCUGGCCUGAUUGAGGCAACGCGAAGGCGGCUUGAGGAGCUAAAGACCAUUCGAGCCACGCACCACCUCAAGGACAGUCUGUUACAGAAGGCUGAGCAGCUGCGGGAGCGAUUGCUGCAGGAGCUGGAGAAUCAGCUCUUCCUGCGCGAUGCAACAACCAGGGAGAAGUUUGACAAUGUACAAGUGGACCGCGUUGGCAGCGAUUUUGCGCUGGCAGUUGAACUGGAAGACGCGGACCCGUGCGAUCACCCCGCCCGCUACCUCUCCUUCCUCCUGCAGGCGCUUGGCAUUCUGCAUGCAACACGGGAGGCCGGCGUGACGGCGCGCCGAAAUCUCUCUGGCGAACUCACGCUCCUGAUUGAAAAGAGCAUCGCACACUGCAGAACACACGUCGUGCCUUCCCUCCCACGGGACGCUGCGGUGACGUCGAGUGUGCUGCGGUUGACGGAAAGCUCGACGACCAGCAGCGACGUGGCGUCGGCGUUUGUGCCGUCCAUGGCCCUUGAUGACGCCAAGGACCAAGAAGCGCUCAUGGCGCCAUACAUCCUCUUCCACGCGAGCCGUCACAUCUUCGUCAACCUGCGGCGGGUGCUGACGGCACAUCUGUGUGUUCUCCGUAUUGCCAACGCGCAGGCGGCUGCGGGGUCCAUUGCCACGGAGGACGGGACACAGUUUCCCAUCCCGCCCUUUGGCGCCCACGAUCACAACAACCACAAUGAUCGCCACCAUCACCAGCAGCACCAGCAGCACGGUGGCACUGAUGGUGGCAUGGGCAGCAGCGGUGAUGAUGAUGCACAGUCACACGGCUCUGCUGAAUACACGCGUGUGCCCGAAGCGGAACUGUCGUCCGGUCCUCGCGCUGCUGGCGGUGACACCACAAACGGACACCUCUCCUUUACCGAAAAGCCGCUCGAUGAAGGGGACCUGUGGACGGGCUUCCAAGUUGAGCUGACGCGGCUGCUUGCCCGCUACCUCGACAUUGGCGAUGAGUCCACAGACGCCAUUCUCGACCAUGUCAUCAAGGGGACGUCGCCGCCGCGUGAAGCGGUUAUCUCAACACAGGCCGGCAGCACGGCGUUCCAGCUGGAGGAUGUGCUCGCCCGAUUUGGAUCGAAGAAGGAGCGGGAGAAGCUGCUUGCAAAGGAUGCCCUCACAUUCUCCUUUGCAAACUCAGACCACGCAAUCUCGUCAACUAUUGCCCGCAUGGAGCAACAGCUUUCCAGCGACUCUGCAAGCUUUGGCGUGGAGGAUAGCGAUGCAUACACACGCAACGAGAGCACGAAGAAGCUGCACCUGUGCUCGCCCGUCAUCAACAACAUCCUCGGCGUGUACAAACCGGUUGUUCUCUUCACGGAGGAGCUUGAGCGCUGGCUCGGUCGCGCCCCGCACUCGGCCGGGCUGCGGCUGCUCAUGGCAGAGUACGUCAAGCAGCGCUAUCUUGCAUACCUGCAAGAGCACGUGCGUGCGCAUGUGAAGCGGCUUGGCGAAGGCGUGUCGCUCGCCACAGACUCUUUACACGAGGUCUCUCCUUCAAGGGUCGUCACUUCGAGUGCCUGGGAAGUCUGGCAGAUUGUUGGAGCGCUGUGCGCUGUUCUGCACGACCUGCCGCAUUACGCAACCGACAUCAUCGUCAUCAUGGAACAGGCGCUUGGGCGGUACUUUGACUUUUGCCGCCUGCGCUUUCACUUUCUCACAAAGGCAAAGACGCCAGAAUCACGACUGCGGCGCGGUGAAUCGUCGCUUGCCGUCCACUGGCUCAAGCACAAGGAGCUGUUGGAUUACAUGCGCACAACGCCUGGGUUUCGUGCAGCGACGCAGCAUUCUGCACACGUUGAUUCGAUCGACCCUUCCACGCCUCGCACCGCUGACUCGCCAACAGACCGGUCUGGGAGCGUGUUUGAGCAUGGCGCAACGCCAACUAGUCCGUCGCCUCUGGAUGCGUUUGACGAGGAGGACCGCGAUGAGUUUGACAUCAUCACACCCGCAGACCUGCGGGGCAUGGCCCCACGUGACGGCGAUAUUCUCAUGUCGUUCCUCGGCGACAGCAUGAUUGACAAGGCAGACGUUGUGCCGGAAGUUGCCUCCCUCAAAUCCCUCGCGCACAUGUGCGAGAGCAUGGAGUGGCUCGGGCUCCAAGUCUCCGAUCUCACUCGCACGUUGCUUGUCAACCCAGCCAACUUGAGAAAGCUGUGGAAGAACGGCAACCACCCAAUCGUGGAGAUGGAUGCAGAUUACGCCUGCAGCGUCAUUCGAAACCUCAUGUCUGCGCAGGUGAUCCACGGCAUCCAGCGGCUCGCCCAGUCCUUUGUUGGACUGUCACAGCGCUGUCUCCUCUUUCUUCGACUCGAAAUCCGCUGCAGGUGUUUGUUACAUCUGCUCCCCACGCUCCGCCUUGGCAACUACUACUGUGACCUGGAAGCAGUCGAGACAGACCCACAGAUUGUCCACUUCAACCGAAGCUUUCUUGCGCUUGAUGAAGCCAUGGCGGCAGUGCUGAGAAAGUCCAAACGAGCGUUCCUGCUUGAAGCCUUGGAUGCAUUCAUGGCGGAUGUGUUUAUCAAAGGCAUGAGGUACAUUCGACGUAUCAACGAGCACGGCAUCCGGCGCAUGUGCAGAAACAUCUUUGCCAUCCAGCAGACGCUGACGAGCGUGCGCAAGACACGUGCCGCCGCCCUCGACCGCGCCAUGCAGUACUACGAGCUUCUCUAUGCGCAGCCCAAGGAGGUGUUGCAGGCCAUUGCCGUGGCAAAGGUGCCCCCCUAUUCCGAAUCAGAGUACCGCACGCUGCUCAAGCUCAUGGCGCAAAGCGCGAAAGUGCCGGACUCUGCAGAGUACAGAACGGCACUCGACGACCUGCACGCUCUCUUCCACGACGUCGUUUGAUGGGAUGGGAUGGGAUGGGAUGGGAUG